UCUCUGAGAUAUUUUCACCUGGACGUCUCAGAUCCUGGCUACGGGAUCCCUGAAUUUAUUUCAGAUGCGUGUGUGGAUUCUCAUCCCAUCACCAUGUAUGACAGUGGCUCUCGGCGGAAGGAGCCACAGGCCCUGUGGAUGGAGGAGAACCUGGCGCCUGAUCGCUGGGAGAGGUACACGCAGCCGCUGCGGGACUGGCAGCAGACGUUCAAGGUGGAACUGAAGCGGCAGCAGCAUCACCGCAAUCACUCAGGUGGCCACACUUACCAGAGAAUGAUUGGCUGUGAGUUACUGGAGGAUGGAAACACCACAGGGUUUCUCCAAUAUGCAUAUGAUGGACAGGAUUUCAUUAUCUUCAGUAAAGAUGCCCUCUCCUGGAUGGCUAUGGAUAAUGUGGCUCACAUCACCAAGCGGGCAUGGGAGGCCAGUUGGCAUGAGCUACAGUAUCAAAAGAAUUGGCUGGAAGAAGAAUGUAUUGCCUGGUUAAAGAGAUUUCUGGAGUAUGGGAAAGGUACCCUACAAAGGACGGAGCCCCCACUGGUCAGAGUAAAUCGCAAAGAAAUUUUCCAGGGAUUCAACUUUUACUGCAGAGCUCACGGCUUUUACCCCCCGGAAAUUUCCAUGAUCUGGCUGAAAAAAGGGGAAGAAAUUGUCCAAGAAAUGGAUUACGGAGACCUUCUUCCCAGUGGGGAUGGGACCUAUCAGACAUGGGUGUCAGUUGAGCUGGAUCCUCAGAGCAGCGACCUUUACUCCUGUCAUGUGGAGCACGGCGGUGUCCACGUGGUUCUUCAGGGUUCCCAGGAAUCGGAAACUAUGCUUCUGGCGAUGAAAGCUGUUGGGUUCAUUGUCCUCGCCAUUGCCCUGUCUGCAGUUGGUGUCGUAGCCUGGCAAAGGAAGCCCUGAGAGCAAAAUGGAGUUGUCUACCUUCCUACACCAGAUCACUGA